AUGAAUGCAGACGACGGUGAUGACCGUCGCUCGUCGACUCCGGCCGGCCGUUCACCAUCAUCAUCCAAACAGAUCGCGUCUUCGAACCAGGCCAACGACAAAGACAAACCGCGCCUGACAGAGCAAGAGAAGAAAAGCAACCACAUCGCGUCGGAGCAGAAACGACGUGCUGCGAUUCGAGAGGGGUUUGAUCGGCUAACCGAACUGGUCCCGGGUCUAGAAGGCCAAGGUCGGAGUGAAAGCAUCGUGCUGAACAAGACGGUGGAAUUCAUGCGUCUACAACUACGGGAGCGACAAGAGCUCAUCGCUGAGGUCGAAGGCAAAGGCGGUCGCAUCGACGAGACUCUUCGGCCGUGA